AUGGAUACACUUCAAAAUGACACAACCAAUGAACCAAUUAUCAAGUCUCAUGCACAUGCACAAGCUCUUCCUGACCAAUUGGAUGCUGAAUUUAUUUUAGCUACAAAGUUUUUGGCAGAUAUUCUUUCUACCAUAUCAAGCUUGUGCAAAGUUUUUCAAUCAGAUUAUGUUGCACUUUCGGAUGUACAUCAAGAACUCAACAAAGCAAUUGAUUCAAUAACUGUUGAAUUUAUUAGCUAUCCAAAAUAUAACAUAUUAUCAACAUUUGGAUUUCAUCUUUGUGAAUAUCUUGAUGAAAUUACUAUUGCUGUAAUUCCAGACUUUGUCAAAGAAUUUGCACAAGCAAUGGUAAUCAACCUUCCUAUUCAAGAAAUAGGAACAUUUGAUGAAGAUGAAAUUGUGUGA